AUGGCACCGAAGAAGGACAAGGAUCCUAGAGCUAAGGAAAAACUUUUUAAAGAGGAUAGGUUUCGAAGGUUUGACCGGGGUGAUAAGGGCGACAGGAGACCAAAGAAGAGGGAGCGUGAGAUCAAAAACGUGCAUGUAUGUGUGUGUGGUCUGCCAAGAGUUGUGGAUUUGUACUUAAGACAGGUCAAUAACCUGUCUUGCACUACAGAAAGGUACAUUGCGUACAUUGAUGCCACUCGUGGAAACGAUGAUGAUGGUAGAGUGAAUGCAACAAACGGGGAUCUCGUACUCUGUGUCUACGAUGUACGCGAUCCCAGCUCUGUCGUCUAUCUGACAGAUAGGAUUAUGCCUCAUUUGAGAGGCGGAAAUGUUAAGAUUGGCAUAGCUGGAUUGGGGGUGGAGAACCGAAGCGGUGGACAGGGUGAGACUGAUAUAUUAACGGCUAGUCGACUGGCCAGGCAGUAUGGUGCUCGCGGUACUGAAUUAGUCUGCUGUGACGGGAACCAAAUGGCAGCAGGAACCUUUGCGCUCUACGGUCAAGUCUGCCCUGAGGAGUUUGAAGACGAAGACGAACUGGAUGAUAAAGACAAAGACAAAGGCAGAUUCAAGAGAAAUAGAAUUUGA